GUGUAUUUGGUAGAUUCUAGAAUGUGAUAGAUCCACCGGCCAACUAUAAAAAGUCAUCCUCAGGGUGGGUUUUUAAUUCGCUCAAACGGUUUCCUCUUCUUUGACUCCAGAAUCUCUGAGCUCGCUAUCAAUAAUUUUAGUGAAGACCUUGCACAGAAGAAACUUUUAGCAUCCACAACUUCCGUUUUUAAAUUUGCACGAUGGCUGAGGAGGGCUACAAGGUGACCUUGCAUGCGUAUGAUUUAAGCGGAGGCCUUGCUCGCCAGCUCUCCAUGUCCUUCCUGGGGAAGGCUAUUGAAGCUAUAUGGCACACGGGUGUGGUGGUAUACGGCACCGAAUACUAUUUCGGGAAUGGUAUCCAACAAAUUCCAGCUGGAACAGCACCAUACGGAACCCCACUCCGAGUGAUUGAUCUUGGUGUCACACAUGUCCCAAAAGAUAUGUUUGAGAUGUAUUUACAGGAGAUAAGCCCACGCUACACGCAAGAAACCUACAGUUUAAUGUCUCACAACUGCAAUAAUUUUAGCAACGAGGUCGCACAGUUUUUGGUGGGUGCCUCCAUACCUGAUCACAUCCUCAACCUCCCUAAUGAAGUCAUGAGCAGCCCAAUGGGUGCCCUUAUAAUGCCUAUGAUACAGAAUCUGGAGACCACAUUACGGGCAGGUGCGGUCCCACAAGCUCCACAGUUUAGGCCAUCUUCGGUUAUUUCAACUCCUCAAGUAUCAAAGAAGGUUGACACGUCAUCAGGAAGCAAGGCGAAUGCUAGUGCGACCAGUGGUGAUGCGAAGUCAAAAACCGAAGACGUGGUCCCACCUGCAGUUGUGCCAGCUGGAACAUCACAAGAGAAACCGGUGGUUGAUCCUCUUGGAGAUGCAAGGAACAAAGUGCAAGAAGAGAUUGGAAAAGAGUUUGCUGCCAUUAUGGCGAGUGGUACCCUUCGUGCCAGCGAGGCUGCAGCGCUGGCGACGAAGAAGGUGAUGCAGAAAUACGGACACAUGAAUGCUGCACAAAGCUGAACAGGUUUUGUGCUCUAUUUUUUCUGUAGAUCUUUCAUUGGACCGUCCUAUUUAAGAACGAUUACUUGUAUGUGAUGAAAGAUGAAUAAAUUUAUUCAAAAAAUUAUUCGACAUACACAGGUUGCAGAACGGAUGUUGGUGUGUGAUUGUUUAACACACUUCAUCUCUUAAUGUGUGUUGUGUUGGAAAAUCCAUAGUCAUUGUUUUGUGGAUCCUUGAUAUCGUUUCUGUUUAAUGUUUCAAGUUUGUUA